AUGAUCGUGAUGAAAAAUGUGCGUGUCAUCGCUUUUGCCGCGUUGGACAAUCCUGAACUCCCGAAGGAACAAGCCUUUGAACAGUGUCUACUUGACUCACGUACUUCGGAUAUUGUACCGAUCGUUGUUGGUGCAUGUCUUGCUGGACUCGUCGUCAUCGUUCUUGUCGCUUACCUGAUCGGAAGAGCUCGCGCUAAGCGUCAGGGUUACGCUAGCGUCUAG